AUGGGCGGUGGAGCACACUAUCCUUAUCCAAAAGAAGUAUGGACACCAUCAGGUGGAUGGUGGUCUAGACCCUCGAACUGGGCAACAAACACUGCGAUAUGCGUAUUCGGUAUUGGAUUAGCUACAUUUGGUGUAUGGAGAUUGUCGGCGAGCAAGGAACAGAGGCAUAUAGCACCUACUAGACCUAUACCUUCGCAACGAUGGUCCCCGCAAGCGAAAGAGAUUGGCGUAAGGCAAGAAUAG